AUGAAUCCCAUAGCUAUGGCCAGAGCACGAGGUCCUGCCCAAAAUUCGGGACCAACAAUACAAGACUACUUGAACAGGCCAAGACCAACAUGGGAAGAAGUGAAAGAGCAACUAGAAAAGAAAAAGAAAGGAUCUAGGGCUUUGGCUGAGUUUGAAGAAAAGAUGAACGAGAAUUGGAGGAAAGAACUGGAAAAACACAGGGAGAAAUUACUAGGAAACGAGAGUUCCUCCAAAAAGAAAGAGAAAAAGAAAAAGGAAAAGAAGAAAUCGAAUAGGUUGUCUUCAUCUUCCUCUUCUUCAUCAAGCUCUGAUUCUUCCAGCAGUUCAUCUGACUCAGAAGAUGAGGAUAAAAAGCAAGGGAAGAAAAGAAGGAAAAAGAAAUACCGCUCCUCACGGAAAUCUUCAGCAAGCUCAACUUCUGAAUCUGAGUCAGAUAGCAAGGACAGCACAAAAAAGAAAAGGUCAAAGGAAGAUUAUGAAAAAGAGAAGGAAGGCAAAAAUCACCAUAGGAAAAGGAAGAAAGCCGAUCGUGGUGAUGGACCUUUAUCAUCAGAAUCCUUAUCAGAAUCAGAUCAGACAGAGGAGGUGCAAGCAAAAAAGAAGAAAAACGAGGAAAAAGAGAAAACAGAUAAAACAAAAAAGAGAAAGAAGCACAAGAAACAUGGUAAAAAGAAGAAAAAGAAGAUUGCUGGUUCAAAUUCAGAUUCGGAAUAAUAUUUUAAAAAACCCAAGACUAUCAACAGAAGUGCAAUGACUAAAGGAAACUUAAACUGUGAAAUGACAGCAAACUCUACCAAACUGCAUGAGUUUUCCUGUGUUCUAGAAAUAUUCCUAAUCUUUCAGUAGCCAGCCAGAUGCAGCUGUGCUGGGAAAGACCAUUGUUAUUGCCUGCUGCUUAAUACAUGAGGUACAACUUUUAUAAAAUUCCAGUAAGCAGUGUUAGAUGUUUGAAACAAUAUGAGAUGGUAGUCCAGCUGAGGUGUAAAUUAUUGGAAAAUAAGAGUUAAACUUUUUAGAUAGUAAAAAUAGUCUUUUAAAGCAUUAGUAAUAGUCUUUAUUUGUAAAUCAGGACAAAUAAAAUCCCAAGUUCAUCCUGCAGCGUUAUUAUACAUAAACUAUUAGAAGCUGGUGUCUGCUAAUGGCAUUUACAAAAUGGGAAAUUAAUGAUAACAUUUAAAAUGCUGCCUUUGUAGAAAUGUUGAUCAUCUGCCCCAUUACCGUCUUCAUGCUUAUGAGAAAGGGAAUGCUACCAUUUUGGCUAACUGAAUAGGGUGCCUUUGCCUUUGAUUCUUGCAAAUCUCUGCUAUCCAUGCAGCAUCUCUGAUUCUAGGGAAGCCAGAACUAUUGUCAGCAGACUUUUUCUGAAUAAGCAGUUCUGGGCUUCUAAGCAUGUGCUUCUGCAUUAAGCAAGAGCAAUGACAUUUUGCAGUAUAACUGACAUUCAAAACCUGAAGAUUUUACCUCUGCUUCUUUGAAAUAGCGAUAGAUCUUUGCUAGUAAAUAUGCAUAUUUCAUUUAAUGUAAUUUUGGUUUAGUUGAACACUUCUUGCAAACACUGGUAGCUUUCUUUGCAUUAUCUCUAGAAUUGUUUUGCAUGAUUUGUACCAUUUUUAAAUUAAUGAAAUGCAGGUAAUCAUUUGUUGUAACCAGUUCUAUGAAUUAUGUUCCACAUGCAGAGUUUCAUGUAUUUAGUUAUUCUUAUAGCUAAGUUCAUUGCUGUGUUUAAGUGCACACUUGCUGAAAAUAUUUAGCAUGUAAAAAGCAGGGUUUUGAUACCUUAACAGCUUCAUAUUGAAGCUGGUUUUACUCUUAAGCAAGUUCAGUGGCAGACCUGUUACGUGAUGUGUCUUGUUAGAUAAAAAAAAAAAAACUACUGCCAGAAUCUCAUUAAAGAUACUGUUUAAACAGUUUGUAUUUAUAUUUUUGUACUUGAGGGCUACAGAAUGUUGACCUAAAUCAUAAAGCUGUUUUACUUUAAAUUAGUUGCUUUAGAAAUUGAAAAAAGGCUUUUAUAAAUUAAAUGUGCACGCAAGAAAACACAAGCAACCAUUCAAUUUCAGUUUUUUACAUGAGCUUCUCAUAUUUUCCAUUGAAGUACGCAUUGCUGGGCCUCCUGUUAGCCUUUAAAAGCCGCCCGUCCAUCCUGAGGGUCAACUGUAGAUUGUACUCUUCAUCCACCCCUUUUUUCAUUGCACAGGUGCUAACUUAGAACUUACCUCUGUUGCAUAUUGAUGUUUCAAAUAUUGUACUGCCAAG